CAUUUCCUUCUUCGUUCAGCUUAAUGAUUUUUUUUUUUCAAUUCCCAAAUUAACGCCACAACUCUCUUUCUCAGUUCAAUUGUCUUGAAUUGUUGCUUGACAAACUAAAAAGCCUCUUUUCAGGUGCAUUCUGCUGCUUAGAUUUGAGCAUGUGCGUAGAUUUAGUGUAAUUUCAUCAUGUUAAUGUUCUAUUCUAACACGUGUGUUUGGAUAAGUGGAUGCAGUAUUUUGUAGAGAGUUGUGUAUUUUUUUUUCCUGCACACAAAACUAGGUGAAUUUUCACUUCAACUGGUCCAUGAUGUUCUAUUAUUAUACAAAUUAAAUUGUUCAUGUUUUCUGCAUUCCAGGAAGCAUUGUUGCAAAAGCUUCUUAUCAUUCAAUCAGAGUGCUGCUAUUCGUUUAAGAUAUUUUUCUUUAAACUGAAAUCGGUGUAUCCUUUGGUGCUGUGGGAAAAUAAAAUAAAAAUUAUUCUGUCCACUAUUUGAAGUUCUAUGCUUUAGAAACAAACAAUUGCUACUCUACACAGACAAACAUUUUGUGUGUUUCAAGGAACAUGAGUCAAAGAAAUUAUUCUUUUUGCUCAAUUUGGAGACUACCUGUUAGUUGGUGUGGUGUUGUGCUAUGUUAGUUGUUGUUUGGUAAUAAUAAACAGUAGCCAUUUUACUAAUGUCUAGGUCCAAGAGAAUAUGUAUUGUUGGAUUUGAAUACAUGUACUUAAAUUAAGAUUGAAGGGAAUAAUGUUCCCUCGCCUCAAUUGUAUGCAGGCUGACCAAAAAGUUAGUUGUUUUGGAAAGCUUAGGAGCAUAAACAUGGAAGAAUAUAACAAGAGCAGCGUGAAGAAGGCAAGGUUGAACUCAUUGCUGACAACCUUGCUAGAUGAUCCUAUACUUUCUGAUGUCCCCAAGAACCCAACUUUUGCAGAUGUUGACACUCUCAUCAACCUUGAAUUGGGUAGUGCCAUGCGCAUUUCUGUCCUGAAAUUGGAUGGAACUACACUUGAUGUGAUAGUGAUGAAUUCAGCGACAGUCAAGGAUUUGAAACUUGCCAUCAAGAAGAAGGUAAAUGACAUGGAACAAUCCAGCAUGGGUCACCGCCAUAUUUCCUGGAAGCACGUAUGGGCAAAUUAUUGUUUAUCAUGCCAUAACAACAAGCUCCUAGAUGAUAAUGAAGCACUUCAAAAUUUUGGUGUGCGGAAUAAUUCUCAGGUUCAAUUUGUCUCCUAUGUCAUGACAAAAGAAUCUCGGAGGCACUCGAAGAGGAGAAAGCAUCGUUUUUUUCAUGGCCUUAAUAAGCGUUCCUGAUCAAAAUGAUGAAUGAUAGUAAUUAAGGGGUCUAGAUUAGUUCAUUGAUCAGGGUGUGUGAGCAAGAGUGACUUUAGAAUUACAUCAAAUACCUUAAAUUUUAUGAAAUUGAAAUUCUAUGAACUUAUUCUUACA